AUGCAGCCACAAGAAAAAAAGGAAGCUCACUUCAUCACUAGAAUCCCCAAAUACUAUCCCGUGGAUUAUAACCAGUGGCAGCAGUCAAAGAAGAAGCCCAGGUUGAACCUUCCUCAGAUUAAAGUUGCCUCAGGAAAUUGGAUGUCAAGGAGGAAGGCCAGUCCUAGACCAGAGUUUACCAGGACAAAAUUCACAACAAAGGAGGCAGCUGUCUCUAAUGCAGUGAAGAACCAGCAGCAAAAGAUAAUUGGGAAUGAGAUGGAUCUGGAGAAAAUCCAAGCUGAUAUCCGAAUACUAAGAGCAAUGCUUAAGUUCAGGAGGGCCUCACUAGACGAACUUAAAAAGCAUGUUACGUCCCUCACUAUCAGCAACCAGCAGCUGGCAAAAAAGAUCCAGGACAUAGAAGCCGUCACUGCAGAGAAAGUGCGGAAGCUUCUACAGCAGCAGGACAUGUUUGGGACUGUCAUUGGCACUCUAGAGGACGCAAACCACAAGCAAAUGCAAGAAAUGAAGAGCAAGCUAGAGAAGUGGUCGGCACAGGCAAAGGUCAAAGUGAAUGACCUGGAGCAGCAGCUGACAAAAGUGAAAACGAACAUUCGUAAGGCCCAAGAUGAACUGAAUUUCCUGACCACCUACAUGGACCAGGAGUAUCCAGUUAAGUCUGUGCAGAUUGCCGACCUCAUGCGUCAGAUCCAGGAGAUGAAAAAUAGCAAUGAGGAUGAACUAGAGGAGUUGCAGGAGAUAUGCAAGGAUGUGCUUCAGACAUUGUCAAAGAAGCUGAUGGUGAAGACAGAGAAAAUCUUAUAUGUCAUGGCCAAGAGAACCAUCCUUCCCUAUCAGGCUGCUCUUAUGAGGAAGACUCUAAGUAACCAGCGACUCUUGAAGCAGAUAGUCCAAUUCAGAGUGCACAUUGACCGUAUGAAGAAGGAACUUCCCAGGCUAAAGGGCCAGGUACGGGACCUCCAGAUGCAGAGGAAGGACCCACGGGAGGUGGUCUUUGCCAGUGUCCUGCUUCGGAAACCCAACACUGGAACUUCAGCCUCUCCCUGGCAUAACCAGGUACAAAACCAGUCCCUGUGGUGCCCAUUGUCAGACGGACAAGGGAGAAGUUCAAGGAAGCUGACUUCAGUGAUCUGUUUAAGAUUGUUGUCUAAGGCUAGUGUUUCCUAA